AUGGCAAAAUUUUCUUGUCUCCCGACAAAACCAGAAGUGUUAUUUUAUUAUGCCCUUAGGCUAAGAACUCCAUUCAUAUUUUUAUCCUGGCUGAAUUACAAGGAAAGCGAGAUGGGCUGCUUUAAAUGUUGCAUGUCAGAGGAAGGAUUACGCAGAAAGUCACUGAAAAAAAGCAUUAAGGAAUACCAUGAUGCCAAAACUUUAGCCUCAUUUGCUAAUCUCUCGUUUAAAACAGAUAGCAGCAGAAAAAGGUACAUAGCUGAAGAAAUCAAGCAAAUUGGAAAGGGCAAUAUAUCUGCUGAAAUUUUCACAUUCCGAGAUCUAACUGCGGCAACUAAGAACUUCAACCAUGAAAAUCUGAUAGGCGAAGGUGGUUUCGGCAGGGUGUACAAAGGGCUGAUUCAGAAAACAAACCAAGUUGUUGCUGUUAAGCAACUAGACAGAAAUGGAUUUCAAGGAAACAGAGAAUUUCUCGUAGAAGUUCUAAUUUUGAGUCUUCUUCACCACCCUAACCUUGUCAACUUAGUUGGAUAUUGUGCUGAUGGUGACCAGAGGAUUUUAGUGUACGAGUAUAUGGUUAAUGGCUCCCUUGAGGAUCAUCUUCUUGAUUUAACACCAGAUAGAAAGCCAUUGGAUUGGAAUACUAGGAUGAAAAUAGCUGAAGGGGCUGCAAAAGGGCUUGAAUACUUGCAUGAAUCAGCAAAUCCUCCAGUAAUAUACCGUGACUUUAAAGCAUCAAACGUAUUAUUAGAUGAGAAUUUCAACCCAAAGCUCUCAGAUUUCGGGCUGGCAAAGCUUGGACCGACCGGAGAUAAGACUCAUGUAUCCACCAGGGUGAUGGGGACUUACGGCUAUUGUGCACCUGAAUAUGCAUUGACAGGACAACUGACAGCGAAAUCCGAUGUUUACAGCUUUGGAGUUGUGUUUUUGGAGCUAAUUACGGGAAGAAGAGUCAUCGACAACUCAAGACCAACAGAAGAGCAGAAUCUAGUUUCUUGGGCAACGCCACUAUUCAAAGAUAGAAGAAAGUUUACUCUGAUGGCAGACCCUUUGCUACAAGGCAACUACCCUUUGAAAGGUCUGUAUCAAGCACUUGCAGUUGCAGCCAUGUGUCUCCAAGAGGAAGCUUCUACUAGGCCAUUAAUGAGUGAUGUUGUAACAGCUCUAGAAUUUUUAGCAGUGAAAAAUGAUGGUGCUGAAGAGCGGGCAGUAGAUGAUGACCAUAUCAAGGCACCUUCUCCUGAUAGUGAUAGUGAUUAA